AAGAGCUGCAGUGCGUCAUAUGUAUAUUGUUAUAUACUAGUGUGUACAGCCAUACACACUGGACCGGUGAGAAGAAUAGCCCCAUUGAUAGCCGUAUGUGUAGCCAAGACCCCCGAGCGCCCCCUCCUCUCCUCUCAUGAACACAGGCGGGGGCGCGCUCAGUGACAACAUGGCGGCGCCGUGAGGUCCUUACUGUGGAGCGACACAGGGAGUUACAGACCAGGCGUUGGAGCAAUAGACGGAUGAAUGGAGACGGACACGGUGACCGUGAGAGACGGCGGCAGUUGAGAAGUCAUUCAAUGGUGGCGGCUCAGGAAGCCGCACAGUACCGGGGCUGGCAGCUGCAGCGUGGUGUGUACUGAGGUGGCCGUUCAUAUACUUCCCAUCAACAUCUUCAAGUGCCAGACGCCGUCUGCCUCUUAUCUGUAAAGGAAGCUGAAGUGUUCAGACAGGAAAAGAUCCAUCUUGAAAGCCAAAUCGGUGAAAGAACAGAGGGCCAUUAAAACAUAAAACUGCUUCUUCCCAGACAGCUUUGUUUAAAGAGCAUCAUUCACUAUGAAGACUACAACAAAAAGAACAAAAGAACUAUUUAACUGGGAUGAAUACUUAAAGGAAACUGGUUCAGUUGCAGCUCCUGCUCACUACUUCAGACAGUCUAGGAACCCACCCAGUAAUGAGUUUAAAAUUGGCAUGAAAGUGGAAGCUCAUGACCCUCGAAAUGUUACCUCCGUUUGUAUAGCCACUGUUGUUGGAACCUCUGGAGCUCGCUUGCGCUUACGAUUGGAUGGCAGCGAUGAUAAAAAUGACUUCUGGAGGCUUGUGGACUCCUCAGACAUCCAGCAAAUUGGUAUAUGUGAAAAACUGGGAGAUAUGCUGCAGCCGCCAUUGGGAUUCCGGAUGAAUGCCUCCUCGUGGCCAAUGUUCCUGUUAAGAACACUAAAUGGAGCAGAAAUGGCACCAGCUUUAUACUUCAAAAAGGAACCACAAAAGCAAUCUCAGAACUUAUUUAAAAUUGGGAUGAAACUGGAAGCUGUGGACAAAAAGAAUCCAUUUUUAAUCUGCCCAGCUACUGUAGGAGAAGUGAAAGGAGAUGAAAUAUUUAUCACAUUUGAUGGAUGGAGGGGAGCGUUUGACUACUGGUGCAAAUACGACUCUCGUGACAUCUUUCCCGUCGGGUGGUGCAGUAUGACUGGCGAUUCUCUACAGCCUCCUGGAAACAGUGUUUCUUUAUCAAAGAACACAACUGCCUCAGCCUCUCCUGUAAAGGGCAUCAGACGCUCCAUGCAGUCCCCACAGAAGCCUGUGUUGGCACAGAAGGGGAGGAAACCUAUACGAGACAAGCCCCUUGAAGCACCUCCACCAAGGAAAGGCAAGCGUCCAAAAAAUGCAACACUGGCAAGAAAUGUGCUAAAUGCUGACAACUUAAAAACAAAAAGAAAGGGAAUAAAACCAGGAAGAAAGAAAGAGAUCCUGCCAUUACAUUCAGCCCUUCCACCUUCUAACUCUGAUGGAGACCUCAGUAAAUCUCAAAUGAUAAAAGAUGCUGUUGGCAUCACAAAUUCUUCAAUGACUGUGAUUUCUACAGUUUGUGUUUACGUGAACAAACAUGGCAACUGUGGCCCUCACUUGGAUAGGAAGAAAGUACUACAACUACCAGAUCAUUUUGGGCCGGGCCCAGUGAACAUAGUGUUGCAGCUGGCAGUACAAGCCUGUGUGGACUGUGCACACCAAUCUAAAGUAGUGUUUGGCUUCCUGAAGUCAGGUCAUCAUGGAGGAGAAGUUAUAACAGCUUCUUUUGAUGGGGAGGUGCACUCCAUUCAUCUGCCAUCGGUCAACAGUGCAUCGUUUGUAUUGCGCUUCUUAGAAAAACUAUGCCACAGCCUGCAUUGUGAUAAUCUGUUUAGUAGCCAGCCGUUCAGCCCAUACAUGGGGGGAGUGCAGAGCCCAGCAGACUUCGACAGAAGCAAAACUUCAAAAGAUGAAAUGUUAGACAGGAACAGCAAGAGAAUUCUUCAUGAGUCUCCAUCUUACACAGCUCCGCUUUCUCCGAAGUUACCAAGGACAGAAGCACACCCAUCAGAAGCUGAAACCUUGCCGCUGCAAGAGAAUGAAACUCCAAAAGAUCACAGAUAUUCUGAGGAAUCCAUGGAUUCAGCACUCAAUGCUGUCAGUCCACCCAGUUCUUCGCCCCAUAAUACAACGGAGUACCGUUCAGCAGGCAUCACACCUGCAUUUUACAGGCCUUCUCCCCAGCCAAUGACUCCUACCUCAAACACCACUCCUUUGGUACGUAGAUCAUCCUCAAGCUCGGCAGGAAACAGCUGCUACUAUGAAACUAGCAGAAACCGGAUGCAUCGGAGGAUUGAAGCGGCAAGUUCCACCACAGGCCCGGACAUCAACUCUUCUGAGCGUGAUUCCUCAAAAACACAAAGUAAACCUCCAGCCUCCUGGUCUGUGGAUGAUGUUAUACGCUUUGUAAAGGAAGCAGAUCCCCAAACAUUGGCGCCUCAUGCCGAACUCUUUCGGAAACAUGAAAUUGAUGGACCUGCUUUUUUGUUACUUCGGAGUGAUAUGAUAAUGAAAUAUAUGGGACUGAAGCUUGGCCCAGCCUUGAAACUAUGUUAUCAUAUUGAAAGACUCAAACAAGGGAAGUAUUAGGAGCAUUGGGCACAAGCGACAAUAUUGGAUUUACCUCAGAGCUGACUCUACCUUUUGAUUCCUAUUGUGCAGAAGCUUGCAGUGGCUAUAAUAUACCUCCUCUGUAAAAUAAUGCAGACACUAAAUAUGUAAAGUAUUUUUCUGGAAACCUCAGUAUUCUUUUGUUGUUUAUCACUACUGUGGUGCUUGUCGACGGAAAGAAAAGUAACAUCUGAGUACAAAUCCAUUCAAAAUUGUUCAUUAACCAUUUUUUUUUUUUCAUAACCAAAAGGCUUACUGCCAAAGCCAUUUCCAUUUUAUAGAAGAAAGGUGACAGCAGUGAAGUUAUAAUGCAGAACAUUGAGGCAGAGCGUGACACAUCUAUAGUGACAUUUUCAGUUUACCUUCCUAACAGAACAUCGUGACUGAUCUUUUCUUUCUUAGUUGUUAUCCCUUGACAAGAACCACAUUAGUGUCAGUGAUGCAUGUGUACUGUAUUACAACCUGGUAAUCUUACUUAUUCUCACUUAUUUGUGGCAGGAUUAUUUCCAUAGAACUUGUGAAGGAAGUUUCCUUUUCAUUCCUUUCAGGAGUAUAACUGGUCAUAACUGAUGCGUUUACCCCCUAUGAACCAAACCAAUAUAGUGCUUCUCUGUGUGGCUGAGGCGCCACAGACCAAGAACAAUGAUCAGAUGACUUCACAUUUGCCAUAUGAAAAUACAGUGAUCCCUCAACUUACAAUGGCCUCAACAUACAAUAGUUUCAACAUACAAUGUUUUUUUUCUGGACCAUUGUAACUUGAAAGCAGACUCAACAUACAAUGCUACGGACAGUCCAGAUCUGUGAGACAUGUCAAAACUGGAAGAACUGACCAAUCAGAAUGGGCAUUUAUCUGGUAAAUCGCCUCUAUUAAUGAGGUGCAAGCACUGACUGGCUGUCUGGUAGCGCCCCCUACAGUACAGGGAGGAACUACAAGUUCUGUACUACUCCUUACCUGUUACAGGGUUAGCUUCUCCUUUGGACACUGUGUGUACUGUAUAGGACCCUAAAGAAGCUCCUGUCCUCUACUUAAACCAUUGUUUCCCAAACAGGGUGCCUCCAGCUGUUGCAAAUCUACAACUCCCAGCAUGCCCGGACAGCCGUUGGCUGUCCGGGCAUGCUGGGAGUUGUAGUUUUGCAACAGCUGGAGGCACCCUGGUUGGGAAACAUUGACAGAGAUUUACAGCUCCCAGCAGCUCUUUCUUACUUUUAUAUGUAAGGACUUGCUUUAUCUGUAUUAGUUAUCUACUUAUAUUUCUUUAUUCCUCGCUUUUACCUAUUUUUGGAUGACAUUUUGGUGGCUUCAGAACCAAUUACCAGGUUUCCAUAGAGUUAUGGUCUCAACAUACAAUGGUCGUCCUGGAACCAAUUAAUAUUGUAACUUGAGGGACCACUGUACAUACAGUUAAGCACUGCUUCUGCUAUGUUAUUGUAAUCUGCAGAUCUGAUCUGUAGUCAUCCCGUGGACAAGCCAGCUAGAUAGAUAUCUGUCCAUUUAGUAAGCAUUCCUCAUAGCUAGGUUUAUCACCUUUAUUAAAUGUAUAAUUUAUUAAACGUUUUUCUAUAUUAAAGAGGUUGUCCCACAAUCCACACAACCUAUUCAUAAAAGACAUACUGGGCGACAUUUAUUAAAACCUGUCCAAAGGAAAAGUUGCUGAGUUGCCCAUAGCAACCAAUCGGAUUACUUAUUUCAUUUUGCAGAGGCCUUGUUAAAAAUAUAGGAAGAGAUCUGAUUGGUUGCUAUGGGCAACUCAGCAACUUUUCCUCUGGACAGGUUUUGAUAAAUCUCCCCCAAUGUGUGUCUGACCACCGAUCAUGAGAAUGAGGAUUCAUGUCCUCCAUCUUUAAGGAGCAACAGUCGAGCAUGCACAGUGCUGCUCCAUUCAAAGUCUAUGGGACUGGCAGGCAGCCAGCCAAGCACUGUGGAUAGGAAAUUAGAAUUGAUUGUGAGACAAGCUCUUUAAACUGCUAGCAAAGUAUAGGUAUGCUUCAUGUAAUGCUUCAAAUGUAAUACACAGUGGUGAAUGCAGUCAAUGUUAGAGGGAGGUGUGCAGCAGCAGACCUUACCUACCUGUACCCAUCUUCUAGUGUAGAGUAGGGUUGUGAUCAGACAGGGUAGUCAUAGUCAUCUGGACUUUUCGUGCCAAGUAAAACAAUGCUUCUGGUUCAGAAUAGAAAUGAUUUCAAUAAAAAUAGUAUGAUUUACUUCCAGAAAGUAAUUGGAAGUACAUCUCCUUGCUGAGAACCACAAUGUUGGAGUUGUGCAAUGUGCCUUUAUUUUACAUCUCUGUAAGCAUUAGAGUAACAUUACGACAGAGUAUCCUUGUCUUUUGAUUUACACAGACUUUUGUUUGAUAGGCAGCUCUUGCCAGAAGUGACCAAGCUUGCCCCAAACCUAUCUGAAUCUGUUAGACAACAUCCUCUGCUUCAAUAAAACAUGACCUGAGAGUACUCAGGACAUGACUGUCAUUGGGCCCUGGAGCAGUGAAGCUGCAGCAUUCAAUCUGCAAACAGGAAAGCCAUUUUGCUUGUUCCCCUUUAAACUGCACAUUGCUAGUGUAGUCAUUUUCUGUUUAUGCAAUUCCUUAUACAUCUGAGAAGUAUAUCCCCUAUAUUAUAAUAAGUCAUUUAAUGUGAAAGAACUGUGUGAGACUUUUUUUUCAUUAAGACAGAACAGUUCUUUCUUACUAACUGGAAGGCAGAUGAUUGAUUUUUUAAAAAGUUUUCUGUGACACUGUACAUAUUGCCCAUGUAUUGUAAUGUUUUGCGCAGUGUACUGCCAUUUUGUAGGAUGAUUUCCUUCUUCUAUGUUACGUUUAUGGGGUUGCUGGAAAAAAAUGUCUUCAUCAAAUUCUUCAUUAACCCUUCUGGGUUGUUCUAGUGUAAGGACCAUAGCAAUAAUCUGUAAAGUCCACAUAUCCCAGACAUACAGAACAUUCUGUACUUUGAACUGUUGAUGUGUUCAGCUUAAAGAUCUGUUUCGGGCAAGGGUUUCCCUGUUCUAUGCAAUACGCUAAGGUGUCCAGUGUGUAUACAAGAUGUAUAUUGUAUAUAUUGUACUUUCUGUUCUUAUGCAUUGUUGCCAAUUUUUAUCAGUUUUCUCUGUUCAGCCAUAGCUAAUAAUCGGCUAUAUGUACAGGAGAAUGCAGCCUCACCAUCUAUCUCUGAGCGCCAUUAGUUUUGUGUUGCUGCCAACAGUUUUAUAGAUCAGGGACAAGAAUAUGCACUGCAUUUCAACAGAACAAUGAAUGUAUGUAAUAGUGCAGCUAGGGACAGGACUAUUUCUUACAGGAAUCUGCAGUGUUAACAUGAAUUUUUUAAUCAAUUUCGUACUGCUUUUUGUAUAUGUACAUACAAAUCAUAUAAUGUAUAUGUAAAAAGAAAGUUAAUGUGUAUUUCUCAGUCGGCUCCCUUGGGGGACUCGGAGACCACGGGUAUAUAUUGCUGCCACUAGGAGGCUGACACUAGACAUACAAAAAGAAAGUCAGCCCCUCCUGGCAGGAUAUAUCCUGCCUACUGACCCUGAGCUAAUAAGUUUUAGCUUAGUUUUAGCAGUAGGAGGCAGACACAGGCCUGGAGUUCUCCAGACCUGGUCUUUUUUUUUUUUUUUUUUUUUUUUUAAGCUAGGGCCUGUUUUAGAUUUUUUUUUUCUCCUUUUUAUUUCUUGUUCUUAGGUGGGGGUUCAGGAGCAUGGCGCUACCUGUUCCCCCAUAUUCGGGGCAUAGAGUAUGCACCGUUAACCCCUUCCUGCCAACGGUCAGCGCUUGGGGUUGCACCUUUGGUCUGUGUUCCCCUAACUUCCCUGCUUGUCCCGCUGUUUCAGCCUGAUAUGACGCAGGUGACCAUAGCUGGCUGAAGACACCCUAGUUGAGUAUGUACAGGUUAAGCCCCCCCCCUUCCCCCUUUCUUCCUUUACCUUUUUCCCCCGUCUUUUCCUGGGCCCCUCUCCUUGGGACACCAAGUGGGUUUCCCUCUCUUUUAUUAAGUUCUGGGACAUGUCUAGGCCUCUGGGACUCUCAGCCUUCGGGAUAGUCAGGGUUACUGGAGUAGCUCUAUCCCCUAUUCCCCCUCCCAGCGCCGCCUACUUUUCUGGCGCAUCUCAUGUUGGAGUCAGUGUUACAGCAGCCUGGACCUCCACUUUUGCGCGAGGCGGCGAGAGCAUUAACUGAGGCCGAGGCUGCGGCCUGUUCAGGGACUUAGCUCUGUCCACUCCCCGCUCCACGGGUGUGCUGGCGGCUCUCCCUGCCCUCCUUCUCCCUUCCUGCUCAGCGUUCAGAUUCUCCUCUGCUGCUGCCUGCUUCCUCAGCUCCAGCCACAGGACAUAGUACAGCUGCACUCUGUUUCUUCAGCACCAGCCACGGGACACAGGACCUGGGUGAGAUUGCUCCAUUUUCUUGGCUGUCUAUUUCUUACUAGCACCUAUGUCCGACCCCAGACCCGAACACCCCCCCCCCAGACAGGCGACCGCAGGCUUGGUCACCUACUAUUCUUGUGUGAGCUGCAAGACCAAAAUGCCCAGUAGUUUCACUGAAUCCACCUGUCCCGCCUGCUAUACCACACACUCCAUUCCCCCCUGUGCCGCCUUCUCAGGAUGUCCCUCUGGAACGCAUGGUGUCCUCCCCUCCCCAGAGUGGGUUUUCUCCCUUUCCUUGUCAAUCUCCGAUCUGGCUAGGGUCUCCAGAUCAGUGGCUUUGGCCUUUAGAGUGGUCUUUCCUGCGCACGAACCCCAGGGAGUCCCGCUUGGUCUCUCCUGACCCCCACUCCCACUGCUCUCACAAGCGCCUAAAGUAAUUUCGCCAGGCUCUUCUCCCAUAGGUCACGCUCCUCUUCACCAGCUCACCGGUUAGGGAUCGACCGAUUAUCGGUUUGGACGAUAUUAUCGGCCGAUAUUCACGAUUUUGGACGUUAUCGGUAUCGGCAAUUACCUUGAUCCUGAUCCAGAAGUUUCUUUUCGCAACUUUUCUGCUUUCCCCCAAGGCUUUCAUAUCUCAUGCUGAAUUUGAUGUCUUACUGGACGCGGCUUUGAAGCACCCGGACAAACGUUUCCAGGGAACCAAGAAGAUUCAAGCUCAAUUUCCCUUUCCUUUUGGAUCUGGUUUCCAAGUGGACAGCGACUCCUGCAGUAGAUCCUCCAGUUUCUCAAAUCUACUACCCUGCCUCUGGCAGACGCAGCAUCCUUUAAGGAUCCGACGGACAAGAAGAUCGAGAACUUGGCGAAAUUUGCCUUUGAAGCGGCAGGUUUCUCCUUGCUACCCACCUUCGCUUCCGCUUGGUGUCCAAGGCAGUUUCAGUUUGGGUUUCUCAGCUACGGCAGGGCAUCCUGUCUGGUGCUCCUCGGGAGGACUUUGCAGACCUUAUUCGUCAACUCUCUCAGGCCGGGUCCUUCCUUGUGCGGCGACUUUGGAGUCAGCCCAAUGCACGGCCUUUGCCUCUGGUAACUUGGUUGCGAUUCAUCACUCCAUGUGGCUGAAGGCGUGGUAAACAGAUGCUGUUUCGAAGAAAUCUCUUACAGAUUUGCCUUUCUCUGGUACUCGGCUCUUUGGGAAACGCCUAGAUGAACUUCUUUCCGAAGCUACUGGGGGUAAAAUUUCUCUGCUACUGCAGAACAAACCUCGCCGCUCCGAUCUGAAGGCGGCUUCCUUUCGGUCCUUUCCAACAGGUCGCCCUCCCAAUCUUGGAAAGCCCCUUCGUCGGUCUCUUCGGUGGUGGCUCCACUCUCCCCUCCAUCUCCAGGGGUGGUCGUUUCUUCCCCUCCAC